CCGCCCAGCGGUUAUCCAGUUACCGGCCUCUUUUUAGCCAUUGGCUGAGAGGAGCUAAUUAUGCAAGGUAGUGAAUCCCUGUGGGGGAGGUGGGGCCAAAGCUGAAAGAACUCCUUUGGCAGGCAGAAUAGAGCUUUUAUUGAGGAUAUUUCUAAGCUGACCAUCAGGGACCAAAUCGCUGGAUUGUUUGAAAAAAAAAAAAAAAAAAAAAAAAAAACAUCUCAGCUGAAUCACGCUGCUCCCCCUCUUCCAUUCCUUCCCUAGUUUCAUUUCAGUGAGACGGAGUGUAGCUCAUGCAGUGCCCAGCAGCAGGCUGAAUGCAAGGAAUCUCCAGUAUUCCCCUGUCUCCCACAAGAAGCCCAGUUCACGUCUAACAGGGACGAGUGGAGGGAGACGGAGGCAGAAGCAGCGAGCAGUGGGGGCGAGGACUCCGGCUGCUGUGGUUUGAGAGAGGAGCCCCGUGCGGUCUUGCCCCGCUCUGCUCUGGCUCUCGUUGCCUCAGGUGUGCGUGCUCCUCCCUCCCCUCCGCAGUGCCUGCUUGUCAGCUCCAUCCCUGGUGUGGCCGAGGCCAUGGUGUUGGUGCUGCAAGCCCCGCUGCCCUGCUUCUGCACCCUGCUCUGCCUCAGCCUGCUGCACGGCGUGGAACCGGCCGUGCCCCUGGAGGACUUCUACCCUUUCGGCCGGGACCAGGGGGACUCCCAGACCGUCGCCCGGGACGACGGGGGCUCCGGGCUCCUGGAGAUCUCUGUGGCUUUCCCCUUCUUCGGAGACCGGCACACAGGACUUUAUGUCAACAACAAUGGGCUGGUGUCCUUCCUGAGGGAGGUGUCACAGUUCACACCUGUGGCUUUUCCCAUCGCCGGCGACAGACGGGCCGUGGCGCCGUUCUGGGCCGACGUAGACAACCGUCGAGCGGGAACCGUCUUCUACAGGGAGAGUCGGGACCCGUCCAUCCUGAGGAGAGCCUCAGGUGAAGUCAGGACGUACUUUACAGAGUUCCCCAACUUCAACGCAACAUGGGUCCUCAUCUCUACAUGGCAUCAAGUUACUUUCUUUGGAGGCAACUCCCAUACACCGGUGAAUACUUUCCAAGUGGUGCUCAUUACAGACAGAGAGCUUUCCUUCACCAUAUUCCAGUACAAUAACAUCACUUGGACGACGGGCAUGCACGCCAGUAGUGGAGGAAACCUGGCUGGACUGGGAGGGAUCGCGGCGCAGGCAGGCUUCAACGCCGGUGACGGAAAACGCUACUUCAACAUCCCUGGCUCUCGCACGGGGGACGUGGUGAACGUGGAGGGCACCACCAACGUGGGCUUUCCGGGCAGAUGGGUCUUCCGCAUCGACGACGCUCACGUGGAAGUGGGUGGAUGCAACGACUCCGCGUCGGUUUGCCCACACCUGCGACCGUGCAUGAACGGAGGCCAGUGCAUCGACGACUGCAUCACAGGAAACCCCUCCUUCACUUGCUCCUGCUUGGCCGGCUUCACCGGCCGACGCUGCCAGAUCGAUGUGGAUGAAUGCGCCUCACAUCCUUGCCAGAACGGAGGGACUUGCAAAGACCAGAUUAACAGCUUCACCUGUCAGUGCCCUCAUGGAUACACUGGGAUUCUGUGUGAGACAGACGUCGAUGAGUGCAGAGACCAUCCAUGCCUCAACAACGCCUCGUGUGUACACAGCGCUGGCGGCUUCAGCUGUGUGUGUGAGCCUGGCUACACUGGUGUUCUGUGUGAGACAGAUGUGAACGAGUGCGAGUCGCAGCCCUGCUUGAAUGGAGGAGAGUGUAUUGACCAGGUGAACAACUUCACCUGCGCGUGUCCCGAUGGUUUCACUGGAGCGCUCUGCGAAACAGAGGAAUGCCUUUGCCAGAACGGGGGAGUCUGUGUGGACCUCAACGGGACCUGUGAGUGCCCCUCGGGCUACACAGGACUCUACUGUCAGUUUGAAGUAACCCAGACACCGUGCAGCAACAGCAGGCCGUGUCCUGAUGGAGGCCCCUGUCUGGAGUACGGAGGAGCCUACCUGUGCACGUGUCAGACCGGAGCCGAGCUCGAUCACAAGGACUUCUACCCCUAUGUACAGCCCCGAUCGGUCUGCGACUCCUCUCCCUGUUUGAACGGAGGGUAUUGCUACGAGCGGGAGGGCGGCUACACCUGCGAAUGCCAGUAUGGAUACUGGGGGAAUCACUGUGAAAAAGUUAGACUCAAUACCUGUGCCUCUGGUCCUUGCCGCAAUGGAGGCUCCUGUAAGGAAGAGGCGGGCACCUACCGAUGUGUGUGUCCUUUCAGAUUCACUGGAAAACAUUGCGAAGUGGGAAAGCCCGAUCCUUGUGCCUCCAGCCCCUGUUUGAAUGGCGGGACGUGUUUUCACUACAUCGGAAAGUAUAAGUGUGAAUGCACGGAGGCCUACCUUGGCAGGCACUGCGAAAUAAGCAGGAGCUCAGUGCAUUCCUCUGCAGAGCUGGGUUGUGGGCUGCCUCCGCAGGUCAAGCACGCCGAGGUCCAGUUCUCCUCGACAACGCCCGGCUCCAUGGCGGUGUACGUGUGCCACUCGGGCUUCACGCCGGUGCCCAGAGCCACUCAGAGCAUCUGUGGUAUUCAGGGAGACUGGAGCCAGCCGCCCGUCUGCGAGGAGGUCAAUGAGUGCCUUUCACAGCCCUGUCUUAAUGGCGGUACAUGUCGUAACAAGAUCGGAUCCUAUCAGUGUGUGUGCAGAGAAGGCUUCAGCGGUAUCCGCUGUCAGACAGACAUCAACGAAUGCCUGUCGGAGCCCUGCAAGAACAUGGGGACGUGCGAGGACCAGCCGGGCUCCUUCCUGUGUCACUGUCCACAAGGGUUCAGAGGCCAGGAGUGUGAGAUCGAGCAGGACGGCUGUGAGUCCAGCCCCUGUCUGAAUGGCGGCGUGUGCCGCGGAUACAGGCGCAAUUAUCUGUGUCUGUGCAAAGACGGCUUCUUUGGGGACCAAUGUCAGAUGUUGGAGGAUCCCUGUGUGCUGAAGCCUUGUGGGAACCGCGGCAGCUGCUGGAGCGACAGGAGAGGAAACUACAACUGUGUUUGCAAAGUGGGACUGACAGGCAAAGACUGUGAGAAAGACCUGCUGCCCCCGCCUGGUCUCCAUGUGGUGCGCGUGGAGGAGAGCGAGGUGGAGCUGCGCUGGGACCAGCCCGAUCCGUCGCACACCUUGAUCAGCAUGUUCGCCGUCAGCUACGCUCCUCUGGGCCACAGCGACCCCAAAACGGACUACCUGGACCGGCAGCAGUCCACCCACGUGAUGCGGGGCCUGGUGCCCGGCCUGCUGUACAACAUCUCCACCGUCUCCAUCAAGCUCAAAACCAACAGCAACGACACGAGCCGGCCCGCCACGGCGCUGAUCCGCACCAGGCCGAGGCGUGUGGAGCAGCUGCAGGUGGUCAACGCGUCCUCCUCCCAGGUGUGGCUGAGCUGGCUGGUUCAGGCCGCCCGCCACGCGGCGGUCAGCCGCGUCCUCGUGUCUCUGGUGCCUUCAGACGGGAGCGAGGCUCGAACCGCUGUGCUCAACACCAGCACGACGGAGCACACCUUCAGCUCCUUGCUGCCCGGUCAGAUGUACACGGUAGAUGUUUUGAGUCAAAGUGGAGUCAGACCAGAUGAAUUCCCCUCCACGAGCCACUCGGCUGGACCACUGCAGUUCUGGACAAGGCCUCUUCCCCCACAGAACCUCACCGUGGCUCAUCUCAAGUCCAACUUAGCCCUGAUCACUUGGACUCGCCAGCUCAGGAACAUCCCGGACGGUUUCGUGGUCAACUUGACCCGAGGACUGAAUACCAGGAGUCGCUUCCUGCCGGAUGGAAAACUCGGGUCGUACACCCUGCGCGAGCUGACGCCGGGACAGCACUACUACGUGGCUCUCACGUCGGUGAAAAACACCGGGCAGGAGCAGAUGCACAGUUUGCCUCAGUACCUCACCUUCACUACCUUGCCAAUGCAGACCCGACCAGGAAGGAGAGAGAGGCCAGCAGGAACCGGACAAGGGACUCCAGGUGGACGCACGCCUCCCCAAACACAGUCCCAAGACCUGGGAGGCCCGACAGACACCGAGAACUCAGAGGAGCUCCCAAGAUAUACAGAACUUGUUGACAGGAGGGGGAAGAUAACAGCCAAAUUUACUAACUUGCCCAGAAAAACCAUUCGACAUCGCACCAAGCCCGACCCACCAAUAAGAUUAGAAAAGAUGGAAGAAACAACAAACAAAAUCAGCCUCGCUCUAGAGAAUCAAGAGGAAGCCUUAAGAACAAAGCCUGAGUCGCCCCAGGACUGCCGCAGCCUGCCCUGCCAGAACGGAGGGACGUGUGCGAGCGAGGGCGAUUCCUUCAUCUGCGACUGUGCCGCAGGCUUCAAGGGCAGACAGUGUGAACUGUCGUGCCAGCGAGUGCCGCACCCAUGUACCCGUCUCUACUCUGAGACCAAGAGUGUGCCGGUCUGGGAGGGCGGAGUGUGCCACUACCUGUAUAAAAGGACGUAUAAAGUCCAGCAAGACGUGUGUUAUCGAGAGAUUUGUGAACCGGCGCCUUCCAGGAAAACUCCAAGUACCAGAAGAACAAACAGACAACAGUGAAGCGCUUGGAUGCUGAUGAAAGGACUAUCAUCACUGUCACAUGAAAAACCUCCCAACUUCAAUUUUGAUGUUUAUAAUCUACUUGAAGUCACUGAUUAUCAUCGUUGUUUCAUGCUGAGAAGCGCUGACGUUUCAGGUCCAAAUCAUCCUGUCAAAAUAAGGCUGUGUUUGUGUCCUCCGCCUCGAGAGCCCCGUUUCCCGUUUCUCGCUCUGCGUCUCACAGAAGGACAACGAAUCGGACGGAAGACGGCCCGCGCCACGUAUCACCCACGAUGCCUGCUGUCGGGUGUCUGACACAAACACACACACCAUAUCAACAGAAAGCAGUCAGCUGCGCUCCAUCAGAGACCUUAUAUACCUCAUUUCCAUGUCCGUGCUGACACAUGAGCAGAGGUUUGUAUUUGUGAUUCACUUGCAGGUUUGUCCCUCAGGGAAGUAAAUGUUAAAACACAAUCCUUUCCUCGUGCCAGCCCAAUCAUCUCCUCAUGACGACGCCAGAAAGUGUAUAUUUUCACCAGAGCCCAUGAAUUGUUGCCUUCCUCUGACGAGAGCGCACAGUUUUUCUUUUUUUGUCUGUGUAAAAUAUCUUUUCUCUGUGUCUUAGCCGGCAUCGCCGCUCGCUACUUUGUAAAUAGUGUUCAUAGGCCAU